GGCUACGGUGGACUAGGAAGAGCACAGGAUGACCACAUACCCCGAGUAGGGAGUCCGGCGCGACUCGACCGCAGCAAGAGAGCUAGCGGAGAGGGGAGAGCUUUCAGCAGAAGUCGGAGCAGAGCCGCUUCACAAAUGCGCAAUGCCGAAAACAGCAGGCAGGUCGAGGAUAUUCUGCGAUACAUCGACCGCCAUUGGGGACAAAUGGCCAACGAGUCUUGCGUUCCAGUAAAGGUCGCCUUACAGCUCAUGGACCAGAGCUCGCUUGGUCUGGCAGAUCAGUAUAACAGCUUUCAAGACACGCAUCAGCAAUUGCAAAACGCUCUCAAGGCCAUCGUCAAUCAGCACCAUCAGGGUUUCAACAGUUCCAUCGGUACUUUCCAUCAGAUCCAAUCCAGCAUUCAGUCGUCCCAGCAAAGAGUCCGUACCUUGAAGCAGUCCCUCGUCCAAGCAAAGGGAAACCUGCGUACUACUCGUCCCGAGCUCAAAGCUUUUGCUCAGUCAAGUCAGAGUUAUGAUCAGAUGCUGCAGACUUUGGCCUAUAUUGAACAAUUGCAACUCAUGCCAGAAAAGCUUGAGGCUCAAAUCUCAGAAAAGCGUUUCCUCGGUGCUGUCGAAACACUUCAAGAUGCCCUCAAAAUCAUGCAUAAACCCGACAUGGAAGACAUUGGUGCUUUGAGUGACUUGCGUGUUUAUUUCAGCAACCAGGAACACUCCAUCACAGACAUACUCGUCCAAGAAUUACACAGCCAUCUCUACCUCAAGAGCCCAUAUUGCGGAGAGCGCUGGAAGCAGUAUGCUGAUCGCUCUGCAACUACCGGUGCUGCCUCGUUUGAGAUUGAGGGUCGUCAACUCUAUCGUUUCCUUGAGUCUUUCGAUCCCACUCAAAUUUUGACUGAAGACACAUCUCGUAACCCUGAGACCGACACUUUCUCCUACAUCCAACUUCUCGUUGAAGCUCUCGAUCGUAUGUCACGGCUAGAUCUCGCUAUUGACCAGAUUGAACAAAGACUGCCUGUCGAACUGUUCCGUGUCGUUGAGAGAUCAUACACUGAGGUCGAACAAAAGUAUCCCGGCCUGAUACGAGGCGCUGCAAAACAACAGCACUACCAGCUUGACAAUAUCAACGCUGAAGUCAAUCAAGACAAGAAGAUGAUUCUUGAAGACAUGUUGUCUACCUUGUAUGCCAAAUUCGAAGCCAUUGCAGAGGGUCAUCGCGUCCUCCAUGAAGUCAUUGGUGGUAUAUUAUCCCGCCAAGGCAGUGAUGAGCCAGCCUUACUUCGCAGCUUCAGUGAACUUUGGAAACUGUACCAGAGUGAGAUUCGCAGUCUGUUGCAUGACCACCUCGCUGCUAGUGGCAGUCCAGAAAACUCAUCAAAUUCCGAGCACAAUCAUGCUGCGAACAUGUUUAAACCACAUGCGAGAGACAAGAUCAAGCGGUUGUUCAAACUGGCGGAUACAGAUAGCAAGUCUACUGAAUUGGCUAUCGAGAAGGAAGACCUUGAUUUCAUUCUCAAGUCUUCAGUGCCUGGACUGGCAGCUACCGGUACAACGCCUGCUGCGAAGGAUGCGGAGAAUGACAAGAAUGAGGAUCGCUCAGCGACAGGUCACAAGUUGCUGGUGGAGCCCAGUGUCUUCAACAUGGGUAUUCUGCUACCACCUUCAUUAUCCUUCUUGACCAGACUGAAGGACAUUGUACCGCCAAGCUCAGAGAUUGUGUUGAAGACUCUCACAUCCUUCCUCGAUGACUUCUUGAUCAACGUCUUCCUGCCACAAUUGGAAGAGGCAUUGACAGACAUGUGCAUGGCUGCAUCUGCAGAAAGUGAUGCUUUCCAACAAGAUCCUAAAUGGCAAGUGCGAGCACAAAAACCCGUCUUCAAGGGCACUUCCAAUUUCCUCGACCUGAUCAAGGCAUUCUGUAUGCUUCUUGACAGCCUUCCUCAUGACCAAGCAUUCAGUCAGCUUGUCAUGGCACAAAUGCGCAUCUACUACGACAAAUGCUAUAACUUCUACCGCGCUCUCGUCAUGCUACCACAACAAGAUUCUGGAGCAGAAAGGAAGCCGAAGCGCUCGGCUGCACUCGCAGAAUAUAACGCUGAUAUGCGGGAUGCCGUUGGCACACUUCUCGCUCAUGAAGCCGAAAACGCGGAUGAUGUCCAGCGAUUGAUGCAAGAACAAACCACCUCCCUCAUCGCGAACGUCAAAGCCUCGUCGCUCUCAGAUGCAGAUCUCAUUCUCGACAGAAAAUGCUUGAGUGGACUUUGUGUGCUGUAUAACAGUACGAGAUGGUUUGUGGCUCAUGCGACGCAGCUGAGAUAUAUGUCCGCCUCAAUGUCCAAUUCCAACACCUCGCCCACGACAUCUUCGAGACAUCAAACGAGGAGAUGGACAACUCUGAUAUCGCCAAAUCCUCAUGCUGCCAUCUAUCUCCCCCUCGACCUCCAAUCCUCUCGCGAUUUCGACGCCAUAACGACGUCAAUGACUGACCUCGGGUCUCUGAUUCUACGAACACUACACCUAGAACUACGUCUACAAAUCUUAUCCGGAGUUUCUCGUGCGCUGAAUACAACAUAUCUUCUCGGUCAACCCUACAACGACCCCGAUCCAGCCAUCCUUGCACUAUCCCGUCAACUCCUAAAUAUCGACGAAGAUCUCUCCACCAACCUUCCAUCUUCACAACAUAAACUCUUGCUCCUCCAUCUCGCUCACCCUGCUUCUGUAGCUUUGACUUCCUUUACUGCAAGUAUUCCAGCAAUGGAUACCUCUGGCAUUGGCCGCAUGCAUCUGAAUAUCUUGGUGCUGCAACAAGUACUCAAAGACAUUGAGCCGAGCAGCAGUCUACAACAAGCAGCAGAUUUCUGGUCUUGGAUGGAGGAUUCUCCGAGAGAAAUCGUG